AUGCUUGAGCUGAUUUAUCGUAAUUUAAUGAAUUUUCGUCGAUCUGUAACGAUGUCAUUUCAUACACCUGGCGAAGCAUAUACUGAGAAGCAAAGAAAUAGAGGAAGAAUACCAAGAAAACCAUCGGAAAAAUCUAAUACCUUUGUCAAUACUGCUUACAAUCAGCGUCUUUCAUCACAAUAUGAGCCUUAUGUUACAAGUGUCCCAGUUAAUAUAAGUCGAUUGGAUUGUCAUAAUAUGCAUAAUCGACAUCAUAAUACGGUAUAA